UUCGCUCGCCGAGUUUACUGUCGUUCCCGGGAGAAUCUACGGUAGAUUGCCGGAGUCAAUUUCCGACUUGAAGAACUUGAGGUUUCUUGGAAUCAGCCGGAAUUUCAUCUCCGGCGAGAUUCCGUCAGGGUUGGGUGGUCUCCGGCUGUUAAGGACCGUUGAUCUCAGCUUUAACCAGCUCGCCGGAGUAAUUCCUCCGGCGAUCGGAUCUUUGCCGGAGCUUACUAAUCUCAUGCUAUGCCACAACAAGCUAACCGGUUCGAUUCCCCGGUUCGAGUCAAAAACCCUAUCCCGGGUUGAUUUGAAGCACAAUGCUCUAUCAGGUUCGCUUGGACCAAACCAUUUUCCUCCUUCUAUGCUGUAUUUGUCACUGGCGUGGAACCAGUUGACCGGUCCGGUGGACCAGCUUCUGAACCGGUUGGAACAGCUCAAUUACCUUGACCUGAGCCUGAACCGGUUCACGGGGCCAAUUCCCGGAAGUAUCUUCUCAUUCCCUUUAACGAACCUACAAUUGGAGAGGAACCAGUUCUCUGGUCCGGUUAGGCCAUUGGAUCAGGUAUCAAUUGCAACGGUUGAUCUAAGCUACAACCGAUUUUAUGGUCAAAUAUCGCCGAUGCUCGCAUCGGUUCAGAACCUAUACUUGAACAAUAACCGGUUCACAGGGCGAGUUCCUGCUAGCUUCGUGAACCGGUUAUUGGACUCGAGCAUUCAGAUACUGUAUUUGCAGCAUAACUACCUGACUGGAAUUGAGAUUAGUCCAACGGCGGUGAUUCCUCUAAGGAGUUCACUGUGUCUUCAGUAUAACUGCAUGGUCCCUCCCGUAGAGACUCCAUGUCCCUUGAGGGCUGGGAAAGAGAAGACAAGGCCUAUUGCUCAGUGUAACCAACUGAAAGGAUGAACAAGAAUGAAGUUCAUGAAUUAAAUCAAAUCCAUCCUCAUCAAGAUUUGGAGCAAUCUUGCAAUGAAAAUCUCUCAUAUAGGUUUUUGUUUUCCUUUUUUGUUUCAUAAUAAUUAUUAAUUUUAAUCUUUUGUUUCUAAUGUUCAUUUUUUUUUCUCUUAUUAUUCUUGCUUUUUGAUUCAUUAUUAUUUAAUUUUGUGGUAGUUAUGGGGAAUAUAUAGGAUGAAUAAGAUUAAGAUGGCUGUGAAUAGUUAGAAAAGUGUAGCUAUUUUGCUGGAGUAUAUAUAUAUAUAUAUAUCUUAUGAUGCUAUUAAUGUAAUAUGAUGCAUUAGGCAGAACAAAGCAACAUUAUUAUGUUAGUGCUUAACCUUUUUUGC